AUGGCCUCACCACAACAACUCCGCACCCCUGUGACCGACCUCCUCCACAUCAACCACCCCGUCAUGCUAGCUGGCAUGAAUGUAGCCGCGGGCCCCAAGCUCGCUGCAGCAGUCACCAAUGCCGGUGGUCUAGGCGUCAUCGGCGGCGUGGGCUAUACACCAGACAUGCUACGGGAGCAAAUCGCUGAGCUCAAGGGAUUCCUGAAAGACAAGGAUGCGCCAUUCGGCGUAGAUCUACUCAUUCCACAAGUCGGAGGCAACGCGAGGAAGACGAACUACGACUACACCAAAGGGAAACUCGACGAACUAGUAACCAUCAUAAUCGAUUCCGGCGCCAAACUCUUCGUCUCCGCCGUGGGCGUCCCACCGCAAAACGUUGUCGACCGCCUCCACAAAGCCGGUAUCCUCUACAUGAACAUGAUUGGGCACCCAAAGCACGUCCCCAAAUGUCUCGAACGCGGCGCAGACCUCAUAUGCGCACAGGGUGGCGAAGGAGGCGGACACACCGGUGACGUGCCUACUACAGUUCUGAUACCGACGGUGGCGGAAAUGUGCAAGAGUAAGAAGAGCCCGCUUACUGGAGGUCCAGUGCAGGUCGUGGCUGCGGGCGGUAUAUUCUCGGGACAAGGUGUGGCUGCUGCAUUAAUGCUGGGCGCGAGUGCCGUGUGGGUGGGCACGAGAUUUGUGCUUUGCGAGGAGGCGGGCGCGCCGAAGGCGCAUCAGGAGGCUGUGAGGACGAGUGGGUUUGAUGACAAUGUGCGGACUCUCAUUUUCACGGGCCGUCCCUUAAGAGUCCGCAAGAACCCCUACAUCGACAACUGGGAGACCAAUCGCCAGAAUGAGAUCAAGGAGCUUACCUCCAAGGGUACGAUACCUGUGGAGCAUGACUUUGAGACUCUGGGCGAUGACAUCGAUGACGAUACCAUGGAUAAUGCUCGCCCAUUUCUGAUGGGCAAAGCCGCGGCUGUUGUCAACGAGAGGAAGUCUGCUAAGGCUAUCGUAGAUGAGAUGGUAGGCGACGCUGUGCAGAUGUUGGGCAAGGGACAGAGCUGGGUCACUGGUGGCAGGAGUAAGUUAUGA